CCUUCCCGCUCGAAUGGUCAUCGAUAUCAUCCGCGCUUCCGAGCUCCUCGCGCGCACCGGUCACAUCAUUCUGCCGGACAAACCCAGCGUCCCGCACCGGCUGGAGGCCGUUGUUCGCGGCGAUCCCAACCCGUCCAAGAUCGUCCAGGCGGUGCUGGUGCUCAACUUUAAACACUUCCGCCAAACGACGGUGGUGGCCGGUGGCCAUGUUUGCUGGGUGAAAAAUGAAAACGAAGUAGACGGUGCCCUGCAACAGCAAUACACGGAGGUCAACCUGAAUUUGCGCAAAAAGACGCUCAAGAACCCGAUGCCGGAGGAACUGCGGCGGGUGUGCAGCGGGCUGCACAAGAAGAUCGCCAAUGACCGAGUUUUGCUGCACUUUGUGUCGCGUGGUUUACCGGAACCGUCGGAUGUUGGUCGGUUUGCUACCGGUAGAAGGGCGCGAACCGUUUCGGUCGAGGACAUACACCGGUGGGUCGGUUCAAAGGUGCUGCUGGUGCUGGACUUUUCCAGGGCGGGACUGAUGAUUGAGACGUUGGGCGACGGGCGCAAGUUGCGCGAAGACACGAUCAUUAUGGCCGCUUGCCGAAAGGAUGAAGAGCUGAAGGCGUGUCCGAACGGUCCGGCGGAUUUGUUUACGAGUUGUUUGACGACACCGCUGAAGAUGGCGCUCAGAUAUCACCUGAUCAAGUCUGGACCGAUGCUGGGAAUGAGUGACGAACGGUUGGUUGACGUUCCCGGGAGGUUGAGCCAACGGCCGACGAUGAAGGGGGAGCUGAACUGGAUCUUGACGGCUAUUCUGGAUGCAAUCGCUUGGGAUAGUUUUGAUUCGGAGACGUUUGGACGGUUCUACCGGCAGGAUGCUGUGAUGGCAAGUCUAUUUCGCAACUUUCUGUUGGCGGAUCGCGUAAUGCCUUUAUUUGGAGCACAUCCGAUGACCUUUCCCGCGUUGAAGACUUGCGCGUAUCAUCAUAUAUGGCAGCAUUGGGACUACGUGCUGGAUAUGGCCUUUACCCAGCGUCAGGACCAGUUACAGUUUGGAAGCCCGGCUCAACCUUUCCCAUUCUUCGAGCAGCAAAUGAAGGCUUUUGAAGUGUGGCUUUCUGGUGGCGUCGUAUCGCACCCGCAACAGCUUCCGAUCAUUUUGCAGACCCUUCUGUCACCGUCCUAUCGAAUGCGGGCCUUGGACCUGCUAGCAAAGUUUACUGCCGAUGUCCCGAACGCCGUUGACAUGUUUCUACAGCUGGACAUGUUUCCGUACCUCGUCAAGAUCAUCAAGACCGGAUUCAAAAGGUUCGCCUCUCCGUUGCUCAAAAUUUGCACCAACGUUCUCGCCGUCGACCUCGGCUGCCGUGAGUUGCUCCAGAUCGACCGGACGUGGCCGCACUUUCAGAAAACGUUCGACACAUCCGAUUUGAAGAUGAUCGCCAGCGACGAAGAUCGUGCCAACGCGUUGUUCAUUUUGGCGCGGCUGCUUCAGGGCCACCCGGAGGCUCAGCGCAUCGCCCGAGAGCAAGGAUUCGUUAAGGUUUGCAUGAACCUCUUGUUGGCGGCGCCAAAAAUUCGGCAGUGGAGUUUGCUUUGCUUGGGUUGCUUUUGGGAUGACAACGUUGAGGGCAAGAUGCAUGCAGAUUCGGCGCAAGCACACGAGCUGGUGCUGAAGGCGUUGGACGAUGACGUGGCUGAGGUUCGCGCUGCAGCGGUUUGGGCCAUGAGCACCUUCGUGACGGCAGAUUUUGAUUGGUCUAUUCGUAUGACUUGGAAAAUUGCGGCCGAAAUCAACAGUACGGUCCGGAAGCUGUAUUUGGUGGCAAUUCAGCAAGUCGUGCUUCAUAAACUGGCAGAAAUUAGAAAGUUGUUCGAAAAUCAAGCCAUGCAGGUUUCCUCACCAAUUCUGAGGUUCUUGAAUAUCCUCAGGAAGGAUCCUAAUCCGUUCAUCAUAAAAAUGGCUCAAGCUGUAGUCGAUUUUGCGAAAUCUGAGCCACAACCAGAGCAUCUUCCAUUGUCAAGCUAUUCGUCAUACUUCUUGGAACAAUCUGUAACUAAAUUCAACGAAAGAACCAAUCGUGUCCUUGCAGAAGCCAGGCUGGACAACACCAAGCGUGGCAACACGUGGAAUGGACGAUCAAAAAGCAAGCAAUUUAGUCUUCAGAAAGACUCGUCCAUGAAGUUUAGACACCCUCCACAGCACCUCGCUCUCAACCCCUGUGAAGACUCCCUCGUUCUAGCCACCGGAUCGCUCCUACUCUGGAAAAGCCUCAACUCCAACAACGAACUCACGUGGCAUGUGGAAAACGUCCCAACAAACACCACCGUAACAUCCCUGCAGUUCAUCACCACAUCCCACGAAACCCCUAUCCUGGCUGGCUACAGCGACGGCACCGUCCGGCUGUGGCACACGACCCGCCAAACGUCCCCACUGGUAUCGUUUCGAGCACGCGACGAACCAUUCCCCACCAACCUUCACCUCGGUUGGCAACGCCAUGCCGAGCGAAUCGUUGCCGCUGGCGAGCACACUCAACUGUGGGACAUUCGGGCGGAACGCAAGAUAGCGGAUCUUCCAUCCGGAUGUGACCUUCCGGUGACGUCCGUCACCUGCAGCACCACGGAUUCCUCGUUCGCCCUGGGAUACCGCGACGGUCACUCGCGCAUCUUUGACGUGCGACUGCCGGAGGUCUGUAUCAGCGUCAUCCCGGCACAUCGUGCCGGCCAAGCGGCCGUAGCCAGCAGCAUUCGUGGCGAAGACUCGUCACUCGCCGUCUGUCUUGAAGGUGGCGCAUUCUGUCGGAUUGACCGACGCUACCCGGAGAGACCGCUGACCAGUUGGCAGGUGGACCGAGAGUCGUCGCUUGCCGCCAUUCAUCCAACUGCACCGCUGGUAGGGUUCGGCGGUGCGCGUGGAGUUUGCCUGUACAAUGUGGACGGCGAAGUGCAGAGUAAGCUCAAGAUGGGACAUGCAGCAACGGCGAUGGCCUUUCACCAGGACCAGAUUCAGUUGAUUGUGGGUGGAGGCGAUGGAAAGGUUUCACUUUACUCGAAUCGGAAGAAUACACUUUGAUUGCAACAACGUGGAUGCUCUGAAGAACAUCGGUCGUUAUUUCUUGUUUAAACUACUUGACUUUUGAUGACCACACUUUUUUGUUGAAACUUGAUACAACAUCUCAAUAAAAUUUGUAUGGGA